ACAAAAUAACGCGGAAGUAGUGUUACACGAUAAAGCACCAGCUCCUUUCAUUAGUUUUACUAGGUUACAGGUUAAAUAGGCUUUCUUUAUCGUGUCUCGUGUUAUAAUCUCCCAGACAGCCCACUAAUCUAAUGUCAUUUUUUCGUUCUCGCUUCUCGUCGGUUGGGACAGAUAAUAAAGAAUAACGCAAGCACUGAUUUCUUAUUGUUCUGGUCUUCGGUGCCUGCUUUAUGCAAAUAAAUCUAAUAUAAUGAGUCGGUUACCUUUGAAUAGUUUUUAUUUUUGGAAAUUGUAAAAAGCCUUUCUUUCUUUCUUUAUUGUAAUGGAUCAGUACACGGUUCUUAAAGUCAUCGGUGAAGGAUCUUUCGGGCGUGCGCUCUUGGUUCAACCCAAAAGGGACAAAGUAAAAUGGGUUAUGAAAGAAAUACGACUGCCAAAGGCAGAGGGCGGAAUAGACAGCGCGCGCAGAGAGGCGGUGCUCCUGUCCAGAAUGAAGCAUCCGAACAUUGUGGCUUUCAGAGAGUCAUUUGAAGACGAUGGCCAUCUGUACAUUGUUAUGGAGUUCUGUAGCGAAGGUGAUCUUCUUCAAAGAAUGAAGCAGCAAAACGGCUCUCUGUUCCGUGACGAUGUGAUACUCAGGUGGUUUUCACAGAUGUGUCUGGGCACAAAGCACAUUCACGAAAAACGAGUGCUUCACCGAGAUUUAAAAUCAAAGAACAUAUUCCUGACGGACCACGGCACGAUCAAACUGGGAGAUUUUGGCUCGGCAUGUGCUCUUAACAGUGCUAAAGGUUAUGCCCAGACCUAUGUUGGAACUCCAUACUAUGUGUCUCCAGAGAUCUGGGACAACCAACCAUACAAUAACAAGAGUGAUAUCUGGUCUUUAGGCUGUGUGCUCUAUGAACUCUGCACUUUACGUCAUCCGUUUGAAGCCCGUAGCUGGAAGAGUCUGAUUUUGAAAGUGUGUCGUGGGACAUACACGCCUUUGCCCAGUCACCUUCCCUAUGAGCUUCACUACUUGAUUAAACACAUGUUUAAGACCAACCCGAGAGACAGGCCUUCCAUACACACCAUCCUCAGCUCCCACCGUGUGUCCAGACUGCUCCACAAACACAUAUCUGAAGAGGAACUGCCCAAGAAAGAAAGCAAGGAACUACCAGAGAAACGAGUAAACCAGUGGAAAAAAGAAGAAGGAGAGAAAGUGGCAAUGUUUCUGGGCCAGAAGAGCUUAUUAAACACAUCUACAGUUAAAGACACUAGUUUCAGAAAUCCGUCUGAGAAUCAGGGGGGCAACGUAGCUACCCGAAAGAGGUGGCCAAAAGAACCCUCCAAUACAGUGCUGCAGGUCCUUAGGAAUGCUGACAUCAUUUCCUCUGGUGACACGGCAACCACACAGGGGUCUGACUCCACAAAAGGGGAAGGAUUUAUAGAAAUGCAGAAACGGGAGAGAAGGCAAUGGGACAAGGAUCCACCUGAAAGACUUUUGAGCCUCCUGGAGAAAGCUCCUCUCAGCACAGCCUUCAAUACCUACACCAUCCACGUAAAUAGUGCUGAAGCUCUGUUUUGUCCAUUGGCUGUAGAGCAGAAUGAUGAUGAUGUUCCAGACGGAGUGGAGGAAGUUCACAUUGACCAGAACAGACUGGAACCCCGUUCAGAUGAUGAAGACACGGAUUUCGAGGAGGAUUGUCAUUUUGACUGGCAAGACGAGCUGGAGAAAAUGUUAAAAGAACACUAGAAAUGUUUGAAAUUCUCCAAGGUGUAUAUGUGUAUUUGAAUAUAGACGGUACCAUAAUUUAAAACAUUUUUUAAAUUCGUAUAAAUGUGAUUACUAAUUAAGGAAUCCUUUGUCACCCAAUAGUUUUUCAUACUUCGUUUACACCCUUCAGGUGCAAUCAGUUACUUAAACUUCCUGUUUCUAUAAUCCCUUCUGUAUGCGAGUGGAGUGUAGACUGUAUUGCAGGGGCGGUAAGGUGUAUAUCGUUUGAACAAUCUCAAAGUUUAAAACUGACCUAAAUUCCAUGGAAAGAAUCUUUGACAUUUCAAAUAACAUAUAAGCAGGUGUUCAGCACUGCCCUUCUGCACUGUAAUUUCUCAGCUUUGGAGGAAAAGGAAAACCUGCAUCAUGCAGAUGUACAAACAAGUAAAAAAAAUAAAUAAGAGGGUCCAUCUAGCCAUCAAAAUGUUACUGAUUACAAACAGAAUAGAGUGCCCUAAUUUCACACCAGAUCAAAACCUACCGUUCUAAAGGUAACUUUGAAGCAUUGUGUUAAUGGGAAUGUCUUACUGAUUUUCACUUAAUGAUUAAAAGCAGAUUCUAUUUAUAGAUUAGUGGCCAUAUUUUGUAUUCUAUUUUGUAUGAUAUUUUGUAAUCAAUUGACUGGAGUGAUGAAAAUGUGAUCUGGUGAGAAAUUUUAUUUACACCAGAUUUUACAUUGCUCCAUCUUUAAACGCACAUUCAAGGUCAUUGAAUGAAAAAGCAUGUGCGUUACAUUUACGUUGAAAUGUACAACAUUUAGCAGAUGUCACUUAUCUAGAGCUCCAUCAAGACCAUAUCUUCAAGCUACUACAAAAGGUCAAGAAUACCACCAGGCUAAAACCCUGUUAGUGUAGCAAGAAUGCAUGUAAGAGAUUUACAUUUAUAGCAUUUUGCAGACACCCUUAUCCAGAGCGACUUACAUUUAUCUCAUUUACACAACUGAGCAAUUGAGGGUUAAGGGCCUUGCCCAAGGGCUCAACAGUGGUAGCUUGGCAGUGCUUGGGCUUGAACUCCUGACCUUCUGAUCAGUAACGCAGAGCCUUUAACCACUGAGCCACUACUGGCCAGUUUAGUUUUGCAUCUUCACACCAUUCCCUUAUAUAAAAUCUUUUUAAUGUCUUGCUUUAAUAGCCUGCUUCAUACCAUGCAAAAGCAUUUCAGUGGACCUCAGCCAGCCACUCUUGGUUUAUUCCAGUAUUUUGGAUUAUUGAAAUGCCGUAUGGCACAGUCACUUUUCAUUUUAGAUCACAGACAGAUAUCCUGAACUUUAAUUUCCGGAUACAAUCUGGAAUCUAUUAGUCUUACCAUCAGGCCCAUUUCUGAUCUUUUGGGGUCCCAAAGCAACAUCCUAAAGGAAUAUUUAGAAUUUUAAGCUCCAAAUAUAGUGAAAAUACAUUGUGGGGGUCUCAAAGGUUCUUGACAGCUAAUAUCUUAGAACAGGGUGAGAUGUCUCCCUACCUAUUUCUAAAGGCAAACAUUAAAUUGGAUUGCUCAGAAUCAGUUUCUGUUUGGAAUAUAACUGAGUCUAACUAAAAAAAUAAUAGUGUCGUGUAUAAAUUUUUUUUUUUUUUUUAAAAAGCAACACUGUAAAAUGUCAGAGCCUCAAUACAACCCAUAUACAGGCAAAAGUAGCUAGGAUGCCCAGUUUUAUUAAGCUAGCUUCUCUUUGUUGAACAAUCCAAAUUUCUAUUCAAUUAAGAAGAGAGUUAAUAUAAAGCCUGGGUUAUAGAGUGUGCAAAGUAAGACUAACCUUUAAUUAUGCUUUACCCAUCCUAGCUGAUCUGUUUGUUCAGUGAAGUUAACUAACUCAAUAAAGU